AUGGGACCUUUGAGAAGACUUGUUUCUCUCAUAUUACUGUCGUUGAUUAUAAACGCAAGUGCUAACGAAGAGCUCUGUGACAGCCGCUGCGGUGCUUCACUAGACCGUGCCCGCUCCUGUCAGUGUAACAGUGCCUGUCAGAGAUACGGUGACUGCUGUGAAGAUUAUGUGGACUGCUGCCUGGAGCGCUGUAACGGUCGCUGCGGUGCUCUGCUAGACCGUACCCGCUCCUGUCAGUGUAACGACGAAUGCUGUGAAGACUAUUUGGAGUGCUGCCUGUGUGGGUGCAAUAUUGAGUACCGGCAUUGUCCUGUCUUAAUCACUGAUGACGAGCUGUCACAACUUGCCGAGGAACUGUAUGACGUAGACUCCAACAAAGCUGCUUCAAGUGACGUCAUUCUGGAGGACCUCGGAGUACAGUUGUUCUACUAUGUGAACGAGGCGUCGCUACUGCAGAAGCCAUCUUACUCGCUGUUUUUUUCCCUUCUUGACAACUACAACCCGUAUACUGGUCAGUUAGAGACCCUCAGCAGUGAGGAGCUCUACGAGAUUAACCAGUAUCUGGAUUAUAUUUUGACCACUCCCGUUAUGGUGACACUGAUAACUUUCCUGAAGCAAAAAGGAUACACUAGUUCCGAUUCUGUGUUCCGUGAUCUUCUCGAUGAACUGUGGUUCCGGCUGUACCCGCGGUCAUCCUCAGGCCCCGUGGACAGUAGCGGCUUCGAGCACGUGAUGGUCGGGGAGUUAGAGCCCUCGUCGGUCACCGGGUUUCACAACUGGUUCCGGUUUUAUCAGCUGGAGAAAGCGGGCAGCUUAACGUACACUGGAUUCAUUUUGUCACCCCAAGUUCUCAAAGUCCGCAUGGAGUGGUCCGGAAAGAGCAAGUCCCAGUCCAGUUUCUUUCUAGGGACCUCUCCUGAGUACGACAUAGCUGUAUACACUAUGUGCGCGCUGGCCAGGACUAACAGCCGCUGUCCUAUCAUACUAGCCGGGAAGUCUGUACACAUCCAAACCUAUGACGUUGGACACAAAUCAGGCCUCCAGAUUGCCACCUCCUACCCUGCUAUAUAAUAGAAUCGUGAAGAUUUGUCGAUUUUGGUCCUUUUGAUUUCAACUGUUUGUGUCUAACUGUUUGUGGCUAGAAAUUUUAU